AUGUUUUCCAAUGCUCCUUUGCAGCGUUUUGGGGAUCUAUUCCCACUGCCGCUGCCGAGGGAUGAUGGCUACGUGGGAGAUGUCUCUGCCUUGCAUUCUCGGCGCUCGAGACAAAGGGUACAGAAGCGAAGGCUGCUUGUAUCCCGGGAGAUCGAGACUGUGAAGUGCUUGAACCACCUUGCAGGCUUUGCCGAUGAGUCGUCUUGGCCAAGCUCUCCUACAAAUUUUUCCCAAAAGUCUGCUUUGCAGGUGGUGAGUGAGGCCCAUUUCAAAAGGCCUCCACCCCCUGAGAGGGAGACCCCACAGGCAGCGCUUCGGCAGCUGCUGUCCAAGAAGGUGUCCUCAGGCUAUGAGUCGGGGGACGCCCCAGGCCAGGUUGUGGCCUAUCAGAGGGCGCUGCUUUCGCUCCCAAGAGACCAGCAAGACCCAGUACAGUUGAGUCACCUGCUUCCAGCCAAAGAAAAAGAACAACUGGAGCAUUUUGCUGACUCAAUGCUUCUCUCCGAUGAGGAGAUGGCCGGUGUCUUGGAGCGAGGCUUCAGCCGCGACAAAUACCUUGACCCAGUGCUCGAAGGAGAUCAAACAGAGUACCAUGCGUUUGUCGCAGACCUCUUUGCGUGCAAAUUGUUGGAUUUCACCAUUGCACCCAAGUCUCAAGUGAAUAUUUUGCUCUCCCCGCAAUUGAUCCAGUCCAGCUUCGUGAUGCUUUGGGGUGUUUGCCUCACUGCGGGAUACUUCAAGACCGGCGGCCAGCGCCGAUCCUGGGACAUGGGAGGGGGGCAGCAUUCAUCAGCCCUGUUGAUCUAUGCUGACAACAACAACCACAUAGGGAUAGAGAGGGAGAAGCUGUUGGAAGAACAGAAAAACAUGAUUGGUUCUUUGCACUCGCAUGGACUGGAAACUCACGAAGUCACUGAUCCAGUCUCCCUCGCAGAGAGCUUGGGGAUCCGGAUCAAUGGCGCCACCGGCCAGGUGGGGACCACAGCGGCGAGGGACUGGAGGCUCGAUCGUGCCUUGGAAGGACUGGCGUUUGCAAGGCCUCGCAUAUCGGGGCAAGAGCUGGAAGUGAUUGUGGGUCACAUGACGAUUCGAGCUCUUUUACACCGGGGGCUCAUGAGCAUCCUUCGGCAUGCAUAUGUUUUUAUUCGCAGAUUUUACCACCAGAGGCAUAGGCUUUGGGCUUCAGUCGCUUUGGAACUUCGUAUUUUUAGAGGGCUGAUGGCUUUAGGUACUGCCAAUGUUUUUGCUGCCUGGGAUGGCCAACCAAUUUGCACCGAUGCUUGUUUGUCGGGCUAUGCUGUGAUGGAAUCGCAGCACUCUUCGCAGGAAGUGGCUUCGCUUGGCCGCUACGACGAGAGAUGGCGGUUCAGGUGGGGAGAUGGCAGAAAGGUUGCGCCUCGCAGUCAAGCGUUGGACACCUCCAAAGUUUUUGAGGACCCCAAGACAGUGCUUCCUGAAGUUACUGGCGAGGUUUUUGGCGAUCUGGAAUUAGUAGCUGGUUUUCCCGAAGUUGGUCAUGAUUUCAUGAACGAGAAAGCCUGGCAUCCUCUCUGGAACUCCCAUAUAACCCACAAAGAACCAGUACACAUGAUUGAAGCCCGCUCCAUUUUAGCAGCAGUAAAGCACAGAAGCCGGGACCACCACCGUCAUCGAAAGAAGAUUCUCAUACUCAAUGACAACAUGUCGGUGGUCUUGGCUUUACAAAAGGGAAGAUGUCACAACUAUGGUCUGCUUCGGAUUAUUCGUAGGAUAUCGGCUCAUGCCCUGGCUACGGGGCAACGCUUUCACAUUCGGUGGCUGGCUUCAGAACUAAAUGUUGCUGACAAGGGCAGUCGCCAAUGGGAGAGUGAGAGACGAGCUGAAGACUUCGAAAAGCGCAAAGCCCCGAAGAGAGGUGCAAAUUUUUUCCAAGACAGAGGCUGUGCGUGCAAACCAGAGGAUGCGAAGCCCUUCUCUGGAGGCAGGCCGAAAGAGGAAGAGGAGUCGGUCACCUUCGAGGGGGAAAGGACCAUUUUGGAGAUCCACUCCGUGAAAGAGCCACAAAGGAAAGAAUACUCUCGGAGGCUGGAAGAAUUCUACAACUUCGUAGCAUUUCACAACCUGAGCAUUCGCACCGAAGGCGAGCUAGACAUAGCCAUGUGCGACUAUGCCGACGAGCUUUUCCUCGAUGGGGAGGGGUGUCAUGUCGGAGAAAAGUUGAAAGCUGCCCUCGAGUACGAACGGCCAGAGGGGAUCAGGUCUGGCCAACUGAUGCUGCCCAGGUUCAAGCGAGCCAUGAAGGGAUGGCGCAAAUUAGCGCCGCAGCAAACACGCCUUCCCAUGAUGGAGUUCCUCAAGAGCUGCAUCAGUGGUCUCAUGAUGGACAUGGGGGAGCGGGAAAUGUCUCUGUUCAACGAAACCUCAUUUUCAACUUAUGCCCGACCAGGAGAGCUGCUCAGGCUUCGACCAGUAGAUGUGGUUCCGCGUGCCCCAGGACACAACUUCGACGUGUUGAUUCUGAACCCAAUCGAACGAGGGGAAACAUCGAAAGCCGGAAUUUUCGACGAGACGUUGAUCCUGGACGACAGCCGCGCUCCAUGGCUGGGGGAGCUCUUGAACCAGUUGGCGGCUCGCAGGAGCAAAGAAGUAGGAGAAGGAGGACAGCUGUGGCCCUUCACAGCCCGCAAGUACCUGGAGACUUGGCGACAGUGUGUGAGAGCUCUAGAGGUGGAAGACGUGGCGGAGACCCCCUACCAGAAUCGUCAUGGAGGCGCCAGCCGGGACCACCUUCUCAGACUGAGGAGUGUGGGGAACAUUCAACGGAGGGGGAGGUGGGCAAGCGACAGCAGCUCCAGAAUCUACAGCAAACCCGGGAGACUUCAACAAAUCGUGAAUCAGCAUGGCAAUCGGCUGACGGAUUUCGGAGAGAAUGUGAGAAAGAAUUUUCUUCGUUGGUUCCACACUGGGUUUCGGGAGAUCCCAAAGCAGGCUGCAAAUCGCAUGUUCUUUGCGUCGGUUCGCCUGAUUCGCCGCUGCCUACGUUUAG